AUGGAUGAAAAUUAUGGGGUGGGUGGAGAGACAUUCCAAAGUGCAUACCAAAAGGUUGUUCUAAAAGAUCGUAUAUUGAAUGAGAAGGAAAAAGAAAUAAGUAAAAAUCAGUUAUUUGAAAUAAGCAAAAUAAAAGAUUACAAUUUGAUAACACAUUAUGAAUAUAUAUUAAAAUUACAUUAUUUUAAUAGUAAUAUAAAUGUAUUAAAUAUAUAUAGAUUGGUUACAUAUGAAUAUGAAAAAAAGUUUGAAGAAUUAGCAUAUAACUUAAAAAGUAAUAUAUUAUUAAGUUUAUUAGAUAUAAAUGAGAUAAAACAAAAUGAUAAUAAUAUGAUAAAUUAUUUUAUAAAUAAUUAUAAUGAUAUGAAAAAUUAUACAUAUGUAAUAGGAAAUCAAAAGUAUCCAAUAGGGUUUCAAAAAAAUAGUAAUGAAACAUUUCAAAUAUAUGUAUUUAAAAUAAUACCUAACAAAACAUUAUUAUUAAAUAAAAAAAAUGUACAAGAAAUUUUAUCAAGUGGAGAUAUACCUAAUGGAUAUGAUUCUAUAGCAAUUGAAGAAAAAUUAUAUUAUGAAAAAGUAGAUUAUAAAGAAACUGAACAAGAAAGGGAAGGUUUUAAUGAAAAUAAAAAUAAUGUAGACAAACAAAAUUGUAACAAAAGAGAAAUGGAUGCAAAUAAUAAAAAUAAUUAUAGCUAUAUUUAUAAAGUUCGAAAUUCUGAACAAAUAUUACCCUUAUAUUUAAUUGAAUUUGAAUUUAAAUGUUUAAGAGUUGAUAUAAGUAUUCCAGUAUGUGAAUAUUGUUAUAGUACUAAAGCAAUUACAUAUUGUUAUAAUGAUAAAGUUCAUUUAUGUGAUAUAUGUGAUAUAAAACAUCAUGAGAAAAAUAAAAUUUUAAAAAAUCAUAAAAGAAUACAUAUAUCAGAAUCACCUUAUCAAUUUGGUAAAUGUCCUUAUCAUAUAAAUGAAUUAAUAGAAAGUGUAUGUAUGAAAUGUUUUUGUACUUUAUGUCCUAGUUGUAUUUUAAUAGGUACACAUUCAAAAUGUUUUGAUCAAGAUGAUGAUAAUAAUAAUCAUCCAAUAAUGAAUAUUAAAGAUGCAUUUAUAUUAUCAAAUCAAAGAAAAUCAUUAAGUGAUAUUUCUUUACAAAAUAGGAAAACACGUAUUUUGGAAUUAUUAAAAAAAAAACAUAAACUAUUGUCAGAAAUUUAUUCUAAUUAUUCCUCUUUACAAAAAAGAAUAGAUAUGUUAUAUCAAUAUAUUAUGAAUGAAAUCAAAUUUUUAAAAAAAAAAAAAAUCAAUUUUUUAAUGUCCUUAAAAAGAGCAGUAUUAUCAGAAUUAUUAAUUAUAGAAUGGAUGGAAGCCUUUUUUUUUCAUACAAAAUUAUCAUUAAAUAUAAGUGAUUUUAUCAUAUAUCAAAAAAAACAUCAACUUCUAAUGCAGUACUUAAUAAAUAAUAAAACUAAUAAACAUCAUCAUAAUCUACUCAAAUAUAUACCACAAUGGUUAAUGGAUAAAAUUUCUGUCCAUUCGAAUUUAUAUAUUUUUCAAGAUCAUUUUAAUAAUAUAUUAAAUAUGAACAAUUCAGAUAAAAAGGAUAAAGAAAAUAUAUCCCUGAAUAAUAUAAAAAAAAAUAUUAUAAAUGGUUCCCGUUUAAUACAUCAAAAUAAUUAUACACAAAAUAAAUUAGAUAGUAUAUAUAACAUAAACAACAUGUUCGAUAAUAGUAAUAGGAAUACAUUUGCUUUAUAUGAUCACACAAAUGUAAAUGACAAGGAUAUGUUAAAUAAAAUAAACAAAACCAAAACUAAUAAUAUUUUAUUUGAUCAUAAUAACCAUAAUGAAAAUAUAGCAUACUCAAAACUGGUUGAUAAAACAAAACUAGAUCAAAAUGAUAACUUACAAGAUAAUAAAAAUAAUUAUCACAUGGAAGGAGAUAUGAACUAUGAUAAAAAAAAUCCAUCUCAUUUUAUGACCAAUGAAUUUUGUGAAGAAAGUUAUUUCCUUGACCAAUUAAAUAAAGAUAAUAAUAAUAAUAUAAUAUCUGAAGAACGAGGAUUAUCAAAUGAUUAUACAUCUAUAAUAAAUAUAUCACAAGAUUAUAAUAAUAGUACUACAAAUAUAUUAUACAAAAUUUUUAAUAAUAAAAGUAAUAGUAAUAAUAAUAAUAAUAAUAAUAAUAAUAAUAAUAAUAGUAGUAGUAGUAAUCCUUUUGAUUAUUCAUUGUAUUAUAUACAACCAGGUACUAAUAUGAACACAUUAAAAAAUACAUAUAUAUACAAAGAAUUAUGGAGAAACCUAAUGAACUAUAAAUAUAUCAACGUUAUUCAUAUCCUGAAAGCCCAAAAUAAGAAAUAUUCGUUCCAAUUAAUUUCAUCCCUUUUAAAUAUAUCUAAUUAUUAUAAAAGUUUAGAAGAUUUUGUGAAACAUAUUAUUAAACAUGAAGUAUAUACUUUAUUAAAUAAAAAUAUAGAAUGUGAUACUAAGAUGAAAAUUACAUAUUUAUUAGAUAAUAUUACUACAUUAUUAUGUAUGAGUAAUUUAAAAUUAGCCGUCAUUAUAGAUACACAUAUAACCAUGUGUUAUUCAGAAAUAGAACAAAACCAAAAACAAUUUCUUAUAGAUGUAGAAAAUAUUAAACAAAAUGAUUUCAUUUUAUACAAGACAUAUUUACAACAAAAAAAUAAUUAUAAUCAACAAUUUAUAGAUAAGAAUGUAAAAAAUGAAAAUGAUUUUAUAAAAGUACAAAAUGAAGAAACUAUACAUGAUGACAAAAAUAUAGAUAUUAAUAUCGAAGAACAAAUAAAUGAUAAUGAAUUAAUAAUGACACAAACUCUUAAUUCUAAAAAAGUUAGUUUUACAGAAUUACAAAAUAAAGAAAACCAAUUUGUAAAAGAAGAUACAAAAGAUAAUCAACCAUAUGAUAAUACAAUAAUGGAGGAAGAAGAAGAUAAUGAUAUGAAUAGCUUUAAAAAGAAUGAUAUAUAUAAAUCUAUUGAUUACAAUAAUAUAUUUAAUAAUAAUAAAGAUAAUUGUAUUGAUGACUUAAUAAGUGAUAAAGAAAAAAAUGAAUUGGCUCAAUUAAAAAUAAUAAAAGAUUAUGUUUAUAUUUAUUUAGAAAAGGUUAUAAAUGAUAUAAUAAAUAUAUCACAUAAAGAUUUAAAUGAUAGUAUACGUUUUCUAUUUUAUACAAUACAUGAUGAAAUAGAUGGUAUUAAUAAACAAAUUAAUUAUGAAAAAAAAUUCAGUAUACAUACUUUAACAUUAUGUCUAGAUCUAUUUAUUAAUUCUAUAUUAUAUCCAUAUAUAUUUUAUAUUCAUGAAUUAAAUAUUCAAAAUAAAAAUAUGACUCAAAAUAAUAUUUAUCAAAAGGUUCUAAUCAUAUUUGGACAGACAUUAAGAGAAAUAUCUAUUUACAUAUUCCAAAUAUAUAACCUUGGAAUGUAUGACAAUAAUUUGAAGGUUUUUAUAAAUAAUAUCAAGAAUAAUAAUAUGUUGAAGAAGAGAAUAACAAAUGAAAAUAUGUUCUUCCUCGACGUAGCACAAAAGCUUUUCAAUUGGAUCAUAAAGAAUAUAGAAUCACCCAGAUAUUAUUCUCCUCUAAAGUGGAAUUAUUGUGAAAGCAUAGAAAAAUCAUAUAAAAAUGUUGUAGAAGAAAUAAUAAAUAUAGAUAAAUCUUCUGCAAUUAAAUGUGUUAACGACAAUGUAGAUUAUAAUAUAUUAUUUAGUACUAACAAUUUUAAAGAUAUUCUAACAUUAUGUUAUUCUAUAAUUAAAGAAUGA